AUGGAGGAUGAAACAUCAUAUCAAGAUCGUCUGACUCCAUUUAAAGAGGAAGGUGACCCUAUUCCAAAGUGGGGACCCAAACAAUAUUUACUUCCCAAUGCUAAUGGUAAACAUUUCGAUGUCGAGGGAACCACUAAGAGAUUUAAACAUUUAUUAUCAUUAAGUGGAUUGUUCCGUCAUUUUAUUGAAAGUAAGGCUUCGAAAGAUCCUAAGUUUAAAAAAGUCCUUGAAUCCCUGGAUGAUGACGCUUUUAAAGGCAAGUCUAGCGAUGGUGAUAGAAGAAGACGUAAGACAGAAAGAGAAGAAGACGCAGAAUUAUUGAAAGAAGAAGAACAAGCAGAGGAGGAAUCAGACUUAGAAAAUGGUACGGAAGGUGUAGAAUUCCAAUUUAGAGAAUCUCCCGGGUUUAUUAAUGGGCAAUUGAGAACUUAUCAAAUUCAAGGUUUAAAUUGGUUAAUCUCAUUACAUCAUUAUAAAUUAGCUGGGAUAUUGGCAGAUGAAAUGGGGUUAGGUAAAACAUUACAAACUAUUUCAUUCUUGGGAUAUUUAAGGUAUGUAGAGAAAAUCCCUGGUCCAUUUAUUGUCAUUGCACCAAAGUCUACAUUGAAUAAUUGGUUGAGAGAGAUUAAUAAAUGGACUCCUGAGGUCGAUGCCUUUAUUUUACAAGGUGAUAAAGAUGAAAGAAAUCAGUUGGUAAAAGAAAGAUUACUACCUUGUAAGUUUGACGUUGUGAUUGCGUCCUAUGAAAUUGUUAUUAAAGAAAAGUCAUCAUUUAGGAAAUUUGACUGGCAAUACAUUAUUAUCGAUGAAGCUCAUAGAAUUAAAAAUGAAGAAUCCUUAUUAUCUCAAGUGUUAAGAGAAUUCACGUCUAGUAAUAGAUUACUGAUAACAGGUACACCAUUGCAAAAUAAUUUACAUGAAUUAUGGGCUCUAUUAAAUUUCUUACUGCCGGAUAUUUUUGCAGAUUCUCAAGAUUUUGAUGAGUGGUUCUCUUCAGAAACUACGGAAGAUGACCAAGACAAAAUUGUCAAACAAUUACAUACAGUGUUACAACCUUUCUUGUUACGUCGUUUGAAAAAUGACGUGGAAACUUCAUUAUUGCCCAAGAAGGAAUUGAAUCUUUAUGUUGGUAUGUCUUCAAUGCAGAAAAAAUGGUAUAAACAAAUUCUAGAGAAAGAUAUUGAUGCAGUUAAUGGAUCCAAUGUCAAUAAAGAAUCUAAGACUAGAUUAUUAAAUAUAGUCAUGCAAUUAAGGAAAUGUUGUAAUCACCCUUACCUUUUCGACGGUGCAGAACCAGGUCCGCCAUAUACAACUGAUGAACAUCUGAUUUACAAUUCUGCUAAAUUAAAGGUUUUAGAUAAGUUAUUAAAGAAGAUGAAAGAAGAAGGAUCGAGAGUUUUAAUAUUUAGUCAGAUGUCAAGAGUCUUAGACAUCUUAGAAGAUUAUUGUUAUUUCAGAGGUUACAAGUACUGUAGAAUUGAUGGUUCGACUGAUCACGAGGAUAGGAUACAAGCCAUUGAUGAUUAUAAUGCACCAGAUUCUGAAAAAUUCAUUUUCUUGCUUACGACUCGUGCCGGUGGUCUUGGUAUUAAUCUAACUUCCGCUAAUAUUGUUGUUCUUUAUGAUUCAGAUUGGAAUCCACAAGCAGACCUACAAGCUAUGGAUAGAGCUCAUCGUAUUGGCCAAAAAAAGCAAGUACGAGUAUUCAGGUUAGUGACUAAUAAUUCUGUGGAAGAGAAAAUUCUUGAGCGAGCAACACAAAAGUUAAGAUUAGAUCAACUUGUCAUUCAACAAAAUCGAACCUCAUUAAAGAAGAAAAAGGAAACUAAGAAGGAAAGCAAGGAUGCUUUAUUGUCGAUGAUUCAACAUGGUGCUGCCGAUGUUUUUCAAUCUGGGACUUCUGUAUCUACUUCAACUGCUGUAAGUUCUAGAAAUACUCCUCAGCCAGAUCCGGAUGCUGCCGAUGACAUUGAUUUAGAUAGUAUACUAGCGCUAUCUGAAAACAAGACGCAAUCAUUGAAUGCAAAAUACGAAUCUCUAGGUUUGGAUGAUUUACAAAAAUUCAAUCAAGACUCUGCAUACGAAUGGAAUGGUCAAGAUUUUAAGAAGAAAGUUCAAAAGAAUAUCAUUGAUCCAACAUGGAUUCAUCCUGCUAAGAGAGAAAGAAAAGAAAAUUAUUCAGUAGAUGGGUAUUAUAAAGAUGUUUUGCAAACAGGUGGAAGGUCAUCUACUCCCUCUCACACUAGAAUGCCAAAGUUGCAUUAUUUUAGUUCUCAUCAGUUACAACCUGUUCAAUUAAAAGUUCUGUAUGAAAAGGAGCGUCUUUGGAAUGCCAAGAAGGCCCGAUAUAUACCAACUAUGGAUGAUUUCAAAAGCGUCUUUGGUAAUGAAGAUUCAUUAUCUGAGACCGAAGAUGUGAAAGAGCAAAAAUUGAAUAUGUUACGACUUUCGGUUGAAAAUGCGCAACCCUUGACAGAGGAGGAAGAACGAUUAAAGGCAGAAUGGGAAGUGCAAGGGUUUACCAACUGGAAUAAAAUUGAAUUUAGAAAAUUUGUGAAUGCUUCCGGCAAAUAUGGGAGAAAUUCUAUACAGGCAAUUGCUAUGGACCUUGAACAAACAAAAACAGUUGAAGAAGUUCGUGAAUAUGCCAAAGCAUUUUGGGCUAAUUUGGAAAUGCUUGAAGACUAUGAGAAGUAUUUGAAGAUAAUAGAAACUGAAGAGGAGAAAGUUAAUAAAUUGAAAUAUCAACAAGAAGCUUUACGUCGAAAGUUAGCACAAUACCAAAAUCCAAUGUUUGAGCUAGAAUUUUUGCACCCGCCAAAAUAUUUCUCCAAAGAGCAAGAUGUCUUCCUAUUGUUGAUGUUGUUCAAAUAUGGACUUGAUAGGUCUGACGUAUAUGACUUGAUGAAGGAUGAAAUUAGGGACUGUCCAUUGUUUGAGAUAGAUUUUGGGUUUAAAAGUAAAACUAGUACAGAAUUAGCAAGGAGAACUCAAGUUUUAUUACAAUGUUUGGAACGUGAAUUCAAUCAACCGAUUGCACUAACUAACGAAGUGAAACUACGAAUGGAAGAAGAAGACGAACGUGGUAAACGUAUGAGAGAGGAAUAUGAACAAGAAAAUGAUACGUCAAAUAUCGAAGAAGACCGAUCCAUUAAGAAAGCAACGUCAGAUUUAAACGGCGUUGUAGGAUUGAUAGACGAGAAAGUUGACGCUGUGGAUGUACAAGAAGAUGUGGAGACACCAACAGUCACAUAA